AUGUGGUUCGUAAAACCUCAGUUUGAUUUUGGCAGCUAUAUCAACAUAAAUAAAUACACAAAUUAUCACGGAUUUGGUAGGUUUUUUAUAACACAAUAGAAUUUAUCGUCUUUUCUAAGUACACGCACUUUACUUUCUUAAUUUUUUAAAUUUUAAACUUCAUUUUUAGCCAUCGCACGUCACUACUUAAAGUACAUAGCCCUAUUUUUGAUUGGUUUAUAUAUUGGUAAUAAAAAUACGGAAAAACAGUAUAUUUUUGUAAAUAAUGGAUUAGAGCACCCACCAGAACGAGGAUCAAUGGAUUACCCAGACAAUAGGAUUAUUGUCAUCACACCUACUUAUCAGCAUCCAGAACGGUUGGGGGAUAUUACUAUGUAAGUACUAUUUUAUAAUACUUUUUUUGAGUUCUACAUCAUAAAUUAGCAAAUUUUUUAAAAAUUUUGUAAAAACUGUUUUUAAACUUUAGAGCUUUCGAUACUUUGAAAACUUUUAAAAAUUUUGAGUUUGUUAACUAAAAUAAAAGAAAAAAUAUUUUUUAAAUUUCAGGUUAUCACAAACUUUGAUGCACGUAAAAAGGAUACACUGGGUUGUAAUAGAAGAUGCUAACCAAACAUUACCAGUAAUCGACCAGUUUCUUAAAAGAACUGGCAUUUCUUACACAUAUCUUCACACUACUAACAAGGGAUUACCUUGUAAGCCAAAAAUAUUUUUUUAUUUAGAAAACUUUUAAAAUUUUCAAAAUUUCACAAUGUUUAAAAUUAAAAGUCUUUUUUUAAUUUAAAAAUUUUUUAAUGUUUUAAAAAAAUUCUAACUUUAUGUCAAAACUAAACUUAUUCUUUCCCUUCAGGUCGCGGCUGGGCCCAACGUAACCUAGCCCUAGAAUAUUUACGCCAAAAUCGCUAUGCCUUUGGCAAAAACGAUGUAAUUUACUUUGCUGACGAUGACAAUGCUUAUGACUUCAGAAUAUUUGACGAAUACAUACGAAAAGUUACUACAAUGGGUGUUUGGGCUGUCGGAACAUCUGGGUCAACUUUUGUCGAAAGCCCAAGGGUCGAAGACGGAAAAGUGGUCGGUUUUCAUGUCAUGUUUCGACCAGAGAGGAAAUAUGCCACUGAUAUGGCUGGAUUUGCUAUCAAUAUUGACGUGCUGCUGAAUUCACGGUAA